GGCCCGCAAUGCCAUCCAAGUUCCCAGGGGUGUUAAGAUGUAGAUAUCCUACACACGUAACGGCCUUCUCCAGCGCGCUGAUGAGGUGAAAGAAUGGGAUCUUGUUUUUCAGGAUUGCACGUCAAAUGGCUCGACUUUCACAUCUUCCUAUGGUGAACAGUGUGUUACCAACUUUGCCAAACUCAUUGGUUUGAUCGUUGGUGCAUUUGUGGGACUUGUAGUCAUUUCUGCCUUCAUGACAUUUCUGAGGCGACGGCGCUUAAGAAAUUCCCUGGCCAAGUAUCGCCUUGCCCAAGUGCAACGUGCAACUUGGCCAUCGACACAGUUUGCCCCAGCUCCAGCUCCUCCCCCUCCCGUUUACGCUCCUUCGCUGCCUUAUCAGCAGCCAGUAGUCCAACCAAAUAUCUUUUCGUCAUCAGCACCCGUUCGAUCGACCAACCCAUUCCACAGAUACUCAGGCACUGAUCCUCCGGUGUCCUAUCAGCAGCCAGUGCCGGAUAAUACCUUUCAGUCACCAGCACCUGUUCGAUCGACCAACCCAUUCCACAGAUAUUCAUUUAAUGAUACUGUAUUCCCCCCUGUAUCUUCGGAAACACAGCGUACGACCUCUCCGAGUCAGACAGAUGAUCCUUAUAAUUCUCAUGCUAUGGCCCAUCGCCAGCAGGGUGCAGUCCUGGCCAAAUACUCUCGUGCUUCUACCGGCAAUCAGCUAUCGGAAUUCGCUGCUUCCUCAAGCUCGGUAACUGAACCGCACCCACCUCCAUAUAUCGAACAACCUCUGGCGAGAGAUCACUGAAACAUUUCUGUUUACCUAAGAUGCUAUCUUUUAUAUGUUUGUGUCAAAAUUCAGAAUAUCCCUCCUCUUGACCCGUCGUUUACGAAGAAAUACUGUUGUACAUUUAUGUCUAUCUUGUUCUGUAGCUAUCUAUCCGGAAAAUGGAUGACUUUGACCGUCA